AUGAGAUUGAUUUUAUUGACAACAAUUUUUUCGAUCUCGUGUUGUAAUGCCCUUUUGUUCGGACUCAUCGGCACAGAACAAGUGAGUUGAUUGGGAGAAGUUUUUCGAAUUUUAAAAAGUUUCAGAGUGCUGCUGUUAGUGGGAAAUUGACUUGUAAUGGGGAGCCUGCUGCGCAUGUACGUGUGAAAUUAUAUGAAAAAGAAGCUAGUGAGUUGAAAUUUUUAAUUUCAAAAAAAAACAUCAUAAACUGUUCUAGCUCUCGAUGUUUUGUUGGAUGAAGGAGUUACUGAUGAAAAUGGCGAGUUCAAACUUCAGGGACACAAAGUUGAAGUCUCCACUAUUGAUCCAAAAUUGAAUAUUUAUCAUAAAUGCAAUUACAACGGAAUCUGCUAUCGAAAAUCGUCACUAACAAUCCCGGAUAAUUUUGUAACCGAAGGUGCAGUGCCACAAAAAACCUUCAAUGUUGGAAUCAUCAAUUUGGCUAACAAAUUCAGUGGUGACUCAACUGAUUGUCUCAAUUAA